GGCCCCGCCGGGGGUAGCCGCCCGCGCCCCGCACCGCGGACCCGGCAUGAACUGAGGAUGGCGAGCGCCUUCGGCCCACGGUGGCCCCGGCGAGCGGCUCCGGGUGGUGGCAGCCGCGGCGGCGGGGGGCUCCUCUUCGUGCUGCUGUGCGCCUCGGCGGGCCUGCCCCUCAGUGGGCAGCAAGUGCUGCGGAUCGGAGGGAUCUUUGAAACUGUGGAAAAUGAGCCUGUUAAUAUUGAAGAAUUGGCUUUCAAGUUUGCAGUCACCAACAUUAAUAGAAACAGAACACUGAUGCCUAAUACAACAUUAACCUAUGACAUCCAGAGAAUUAACCUUUUUGAUAGUUUUGAAGCCUCGAGAAGAGCAUGUGAUCAGCUUGCUCUUGGUGUAGCUGCUCUGUUUGGACCAUCCCACAGCUCCUCGGUCAGCGCUGUGCAGUCCAUUUGCAAUGCACUUGAAGUCCCACAUAUUCAGACCCGAUGGAAACACCCUACGGUUGAUCACAAGGAUGCAUUUUAUAUCAACCUCUACCCAGACUAUGCAGCCAUCAGCAGAGCAGUUUUGGAUCUUGUACUAUACUACAACUGGAAAAUAGUGACAGUGGUCUAUGAAGACAGCACAGGUCUAAUUCGUCUGCAAGAGCUCAUCAAAGCCCCUUCUAGAUACAACAUUAAAAUCAAAAUCCGCCAAUUGCCGUCUGGGAAUAAAGAUGCCCGGCCUUUACUCAAGGAGAUGAAGAAAGGCAAGGAGUUCUACGUAAUAUUUGAUUGCUCACAUGAAACUGCAGCAGAAAUCCUUAAGCAGAUUCUCUCCAUGGGAAUGAUGACUGAAUACUAUCACUACUUUUUUACAACACUGGAUCUAUUUGCAUUGGACCUGGAACCUUACAGAUACAGCGGAGUCAAUAUGACAGGCUUUCGCCUACUCAACAUCGAGAAUCCUCAGGUCUCAUCAGUCAUUGAGAAAUGGUCAAUGGAGCGUCUGCAGGCACCACCAAAACCAGAGACUGGCCUCCUUGAUGGCAUGAUGACAACUGAGGCAGCUCUGAUGUACGACGCAGUUUACAUGGUAGCAGUGGCCUCCCAGCGUGCCUCUCAAAUGACUGUCAGCUCCCUGCAGUGUCAUAGACACAAGCCGUGGCGUUUUGGACCCAGAUUUAUGAAUCUGAUAAAAGAGGCACGAUGGGAUGGCUUGACAGGGCGCAUAACCUUCAACAAAACCGAUGGCUUACGGAAGGAUUUUGACUUGGACAUCAUUAGUCUCAAGGAAGAAGGAACAGAAAAGGCUGCUGGCGAGGUUUCUAAUCAUUUAUAUAAAGUGUGGAAGAAGAUCGGCAUGUGGAACUCCUACAGUGGCCUUAACAUGACAGACAGCAACAAGGACAGAUCAACCAACAUCACAGACUCAUUGGCUAACCGGACACUGAUUGUCACGACCAUUUUGGAAGAUCCCUAUGUUAUGUACAAGAAGUCUGACAAGCCUUUGUAUGGAAAUGACAGAUUCGAGGGUUACUGCCUGGAUUUGCUAAAGGAGCUGUCAAAUAUUUUGGGCUUCAUCUAUGAGGUCAAACUAGUUUCUGAUGGUAAAUAUGGAGCCCAGAAUGACAAAGGAGAGUGGAAUGGGAUGGUCAAAGAACUCAUAGAUCAUAAAGCUGAUCUGGCAGUUGCUCCUCUCACUAUUACUUAUGUAAGAGAGAAGGUAAUUGAUUUUUCCAAGCCCUUCAUGACGCUGGGAAUCAGUAUCUUGUACCGGAAGCCCAAUGGCACAAACCCUGGUGUUUUCUCUUUUUUAAACCCUCUUUCUCCUGAUAUUUGGAUGUAUGUUCUCCUAGCCUGCCUCGGAGUCAGUUGUGUCCUCUUUGUCAUUGCAAGGUUUACACCCUAUGAAUGGUAUAAUCCCCACCCGUGCAACCCAGACUCAGAUGUGGUGGAAAACAAUUUUACUUUACUAAAUAGUUUCUGGUUUGGAGUUGGAGCUCUCAUGCAGCAAGGAUCAGAACUGAUGCCCAAAGCUCUUUCCACCAGAAUAGUUGGAGGAAUAUGGUGGUUUUUCACCUUAAUCAUAAUCUCAUCUUAUACUGCCAACCUGGCUGCAUUCCUGACGGUAGAAAGGAUGGAAUCCCCCAUCGAUUCAGCUGACGAUUUGGCAAAGCAAACCAAAAUAGAGUAUGGGGCUGUUAGAGACGGAUCCACAAUGACCUUCUUCAAGAAAUCCAAAAUAUCGACAUAUGAGAAGAUGUGGGCUUUCAUGAGCAGCAGGCAGCAGACAGCGCUGGUGAAGAACAAUGAUGAAGGAAUCCAGCGUGUGCUCACGACGGACUAUGCGCUGCUGAUGGAGUCCACCAGCAUUGAGUAUGUGACUCAGAGAAACUGCAACCUCACUCAGAUCGGGGGACUCAUCGAUUCGAAAGGCUAUGGUGUGGGAACCCCUAUUGGGUCACCUUAUAGGGACAAGAUCACCAUUGCCAUCCUCCAGCUCCAGGAGGAAGGGAAGCUCCACAUGAUGAAGGAAAAGUGGUGGCGAGGCAACGGCUGCCCUGAAGAGGACAGCAAAGAAGCCAGUGCUCUCGGGGUAGAGAAUAUUGGGGGCAUCUUCAUAGUGCUUGCUGCUGGGCUUGUUCUUUCAGUGUUCGUAGCCAUUGGUGAAUUUAUUUAUAAAUCAAGGAAAAACAGUGAUAUUGAGCAGUGUCUUUCUUUCAAUGCUAUAAUGGAGGAGCUUGGCAUUUCACUCAAGCAUCAGAAGAAGUUAAAGAAAAGGUCAAGAACUAAGGCAAAGUCUUCAUUCACAAGUAUCCUUACUUGCCACCAGAGAAGGACACUGAGGAAAGAAACCAUAGCGUGAGCAGGAGAGGCUCCUGGAAAGAAAUAUCAGGAAGAAAAACAGAACAAAAACUUUGCUGCCUACAAGUUGAUUGUGGUGGGAUUUCUGAAAUACAGACAUUUACCUUGUUCUUCAGAAAUUCUCUGUGGUUUCUUUUUUUAAUCUAGAGGUACAACAGUUUAAAUGCUCACAUAGACUGAUGUACUGCUACUAAUCAUCUGGGAAGUGUCUCAUUACUUCUUUUGAGAUGGAUUUGUAUGCUCACCUGGUUUGCAUCUCUCUUCCCCUCCCCAUGCAUUGCUGUAUGUGCUUUCUAAAUAAAUAAAUAAACAAGAGACAGGGAUCUUUUUUCCAAUACUCUGGAAGUGAUAUCUAUUUUGUUUUUCUUUUGAAGAAAAGAUUGCAGUCCUGCUAAGUACAGUUGUUUAGAAACUGGUGUCCAGAUGACCAAAACAAGAAUCUGUACAAUUAACAAACGACUACAAAAAUGUAUAAAAUACUGAGUUAUCCUUAUUUUUCUCUGAAGGUUCUUAUCUGUGACUACCUUGACUUUCCUUAUCUUUUCUCUUUCUUAUUUAUUUUAAAAUGAGAUAAUAUAGUAAUGCCAUGGCUCCAAGUGCUAGAUGUUCAAAAGGAAAAUCUGAAAAUUACAAAUGCAAUGAUCAGUGAACAAGCAAAGACAACACUGACGUCAUCACAGUGCCACAUUCUCCAGCUCCUAAUACCAAUAAAAUUAUUCUCAACAUGAACCUCAAAAUGAAAAUAACCUAGAAAAUAGAGCAAAGAAUAUUCAAUUUAUAACAAGCCUUGACCAGAAAAAUAACAUCUGACAGAGAUGUAGCCAAUGCUCUAGAUGGGGAACAGUACCUUGCUGUCCUACACAUGUGGUUGGACAUGGGUUCAAGGCAAUCUCAGCACUAUGACCACUCCUAGACUUAAUGCAAGACGGAAAAAAAGGAACCAGAGAACUAAGCUACCAACUGCUUUUCUGGACAGUGCAUGGAGCUGGGUCAGACUAAAUCCUGUCAACAAUAUUUGCUUUAGACUUUGCUGAUGUUCAUUACAGCGUUCAGCAAAGUGUCAGGUUUUAUUAUCCUUCUUAUAUUCGCCCAGGGAACUUAUUGCUUACCACUGAUUACCUUUGCCUUAUAUCCAUGUCCAUUUUCUCUGCAAAGGAGACAGUACUUGUGGAAAUGGUUGUGUGAAGAAAUCUCUCCUCUAUCGUUUCCUCACAGCACCACUCUGUGCAGCCCCUGCUGACUGCCUGGGUCAAUCUCAAAAAGAAUGACAUUACUUACAAAAGCCUUGCUUGAGAAGUGAUAUGUUUCUAUAUUAUUAUAGGCAAGAAGAUACCUCAGUUCACUUAGCUUUUCCACGAGAAUUGCAUUUCCUAAAACGCAUGACAUUAUCACUGAUUUGCCCUACGCUUUCUAUUAUUACUCCAUGUCCUUCUCAAAACAGGAUGCCCCAAACUAGAUAUGCUCUUCCAUUUGAAGUUUCACCCACGUGGAGGUGGGCAAAAGAACUGCUUAACGUGUCUGAAAAGCAGUACCAUUGCUUGUACACUUUGUGAUGAGGUCUGCCUUGAUGUGACUGGGUAAAGCAAGUGAGCCCUCAGUGUACAGGCAAUGAUUAUGUCAGAGUACAGAAUGAGGUUUUUUUUUAAAUUAGACUGAUUCUCAAGUAUCUCAGUUUGUUCAGAUCAGUUUGUCCUCAGCCAUGCUACAAGCCCGUUGAAGACAGAGUAUAAAGGAUAUCAGCUUCCCUAUAAAUCCCUCCAUUUUGGCAGUGGAGCUCUGGGAGUUAGUAGGACAGUUCCACAUUUUCAGCCACCACAAUGAAUAUGUCAUUUGCCCCAUCAUCCUACUUGUUUAUGAAAAUAUCACAUAGGAUGGGAUCAAAAACUUCUUAAAACUGAGGAGGAGGAGCUUUCCCCUCACCCACAGGGCUCACUAAGCUGUUAAAGAAGAAAAUUCAUCAGAUUAACAAGACCUGGAUUUGACAGAUUCAUAUUAACUCUUGCUCAUUUCCAACAAUUACUUAUGAAGAAGUUGGUUUGUACCAGUGUGUCCAGGCACCCACAGUUAAGCUAUCUAGCUCAAAACUUCCUAGAUUCUCAUUUUUCUUCCUUUGAAGACAUAAAUUAUGAUUGCUGUUUCCAGCAUUUCCUACUUAUCCUCUACGAGUUUGUCUCAGAGAGCUCAGAGCAGCCAGCCUCUAGGAAAGCAAAAACAGUCUUUUACAGUGACUACAGUAGAAAGCUCCAAUCAGUGCUUGCUUUUGGGAAGCUUAGCAUCUUCCCUACUCCAGUAACAUGCUGAGUUGAUGAGUAGUAAUUAAGAAAAAACAGCCCCUGGCCCUCAGUGCUCACAUAGGAUCUCAUAAUAUCAUACCUUUGUCUUUCUGAAAGUAAUUUCUUUUAUUUAUGUCAUCAUCAAAUUAGAACAGGGCUUCCAGACCACCAUCAUGAUUGAAAAACAAGCUAUUAUUUUCCAGUCUGAGUAACUCUAUCACUCUGCCAACCACAGCCUUCAGCUAAGAUAUUUUUAAAUGAAUAGGUUCAAAGUGAUAAAAGAUUUAUAAUCGGGCCCCUUUUUUUUCUUUUUCUUUCUCUUUUUUUUCUUAAGGAUGACUCUUCUGUGGCUUAGACCUUAAGGCUGAGUUCCAUUUUCUUAGAUAUCUAUUAAUGUUUUCUUGAAACUAGGGGAGGUAGUGUUUUGUUUACUGCUUUUUAAAUUUCAGCUUUCCCAUUAGUGGUCCACUCCUUAAAAAAAAAGACAGGGAAAAAAGAAACUGUUUUUGCUGACUGCAUAGAAACACAUGGAGAAACAAUAAAUAGAGCAUACUUGGAUCUUCUUUUUUUUUCUUUUUAGUAGCUUGAAAGACUCACAGCAUAUUAGAACAUCUCUGUGUUAAUCUCAGAUGGCACCUUACCAAACUACACUUACUGCAAAGAAGCUAACCAUCCUGCCAUGAUUUCACAAAGCAACACAUCACUAUGUGAGGCUGUGCCCUUCUCUGCCAUCUGCAGGAAUGAAGAUUCAUGAUAGGUCAUAAAAUCCACUUCAACAUAAAUUUUCCCCAAAAUGGGGUGGACGCUAAGUGAGACCUACUCAGUGAAAUGUAGUUCCCCAAAAGCUCUGAGCAGCUGCAGACCACUAACACAACCCACUGCUCUGUUUCAUUCUCUUGGUAUUUUCAUGGCAGCACUGUAAUGGCCUGUAAAUCCUUUGCCGAUUGACCUCCUUUUGAGAAGCUACAGAAAGAAUUAACAGUAGACAGUGUUGAAGGAGCAUGACAGGAGUUGAAGGGGCAUGCGAUCUCACUGUUUGCUCCUGCUUUAGGCCAGUAGUGGCCUGGUGCCUGCUUCUGACAUGUCCCUGCACCAACACCUUGCGUUGGCCAUCAGCACUGCUCAGAGCACUCAUGGAUAUGUGGGAUGCCUGCACAGGGCCUUGAAAUCAACCUACCUCUCACCUUGGUUCAACAGAGUAUUUGGUAUUCCAGCUAGUUAAAACUGCAUCUAAGAUGCUUUGGGAUCCAUCUAAAUCCCGCUAGUAUUUCAGGACUUGGCCAAGUGUUUUUUCUGAUUUGGAGCUGUGACCUUUCCUAACCUCUUCAAAACACACUCAGGUCACUGGUUAGACUGCUCAUACACCAUUCACAGACAGGUCCCAGCUCCACAUACCCAUAUGCAUGCAGUCCAUUCGCAGUUACACAUCUCAUCUUAUUUUCUCUAUGUACGUUUGUGUAAAACAAACAAAAAUCUUUUUAAAAGCACCUUCACUUCUGUGUCACUGGAAACUAUUUCCUUCAGUUUAGAUGUUAAUUGUAAAUUCAUGUCAUGACUGAGAAAGCUGUUUUGUCUUGAGGGAAGAGGAAAAAGCACAGGACAAUCUUACACAUCGACACGGCAGCAAACAUGAUUACUGUGACCUUUUCACUGUAUCCCAAUAAAUAUUUUUUCCUGCCUUUUUUCCUGCAUGGCAGCAUGCAGUACAAGAUAAGCCUGAUUAGAGAUUAUCCAUUAGGAAAGCAAAUGUCCUCAUCAGAUCUCUGUCUUGGCAGCAGCAAGCAUGCAUCCUCAUUGUUUAUAAAAGAGAAAUACAAUAUUGACUGAUGAUGUUGAAUGGCUUUAAUGUGUUUCAUUCCAGAAAUGGCCGUGUUUUGAUGUUACCACUACCAACCAACAGACUGCAGUCUUACUAAGGGUUAUUAAACAUCCAUUAAAUUCCUUGAGAAAGUGGUAAGGCAGGCUCAGUGGAAAAGAGAGAAUAUUGGAAAUAUGUAAGCAACUGUUUAAGCUGUGUGCACAG